AUGGAGAUGCCUAGACAUGUGCUCUCUCAGGAGCGGCGCCGGCUGCAGGAGCAGAUCUUGGCCACCCGCCGGGCGCUGGAGGAAGAGAGGCUGCGAGCCCAGCGCCUCAAGAGGAAAUCCCUGCGUGAUCGGUGGCUGAUGGAGGGACUGUCCGCACCCACUGAUGACAGCGAUCACGUGUCUUCUUCGGUUUGGGAGGCACAGAGUCGCAUCCAAGAAUUAGAAGAAGAUCUGUCCAGGCCUCUAACAUCUUCACCUUCUCCUGACGGGAGAAGUAGCCUUGGGUCCAGACUUGAGUUGGCUCCUGUCCCACCCAAGAGAGCUGUGAGGACAGCUGCCAAAGAGAAACUGCAAAAUGGAGACAUGUCAGGAGAUGGUGUGUUUGGCAGCGAAUCCAGCCCUGAAAAGGUGAAUGACAAGGUGAAUCCUGUGGUUGUCAAACGUGGAGAGCUUCAGUCUCAUCAGGAAAGACUGGAAGCUGUUGCUGCCACAAAGCCAACGCUGCAGAGCCCAAAUCCCAUUGAUGCCCCUCCCAGCCACCACAGAAAGCUGGCUGUGGAGGAGAUGGUCAUCCGUGACCAUUUGGGGCAGGAAGUGGGCAGCAUGGAUGCUGUUGGGCAGAAACAGAGCUCUAUCACAAAGGAAGAAGAGUGUGAGGAGCAUACGCCUUUGAGGAAUGGGUGUGAGGAGGGGAGUGGGAUGGCCCCUCCUCACAGUGGCGCAGGUCAAGAGACAACCCCAGGUGCUUCAGGAAGCCAACUGGAUGGUGAGCUUGGAAGACGGGAUGGCCCAGAGGGGGAGUCCCCGACGUCACAGGAUGAGCAUCAGCAAAUUUCCUCCAAGCCCCUUCAGCAUGAGACCAGCUGCCUUGAUUCCUCUAAACAGCAGUCAGAUGGAGAACUGGGCAAAGAGACAGCUCAAAUGGGAGCAGAGCAGAAAGUACUGCCAGGACAGGGUGCCAACAAAGUGGAGCCUGCCCAAGACACAGUAGCUACUGAUGUUCUGGCAACAGAAUCAAUAACAUCUGAGCAAGCAACUGAAGAGAACAAGGAGGGGCUGCAAGAGUCUCAUGAAACAGAGAUCACAGUGCUGGGGCAAGGAGGAGAGAGACCAGAGAAUUUGCAAGGUCCACCCAAAGAGGCACUGUUUCCAGACCAGACCCUUCCUGUGCAUGAAGUCUUGGAAGAGACCAUAUUGUCAUCAUCUCCAACAGAACAGAUUUCACUGGUCAUUCAGAAACCAGGUCCAUCUCUGCAAGAGACAGAGGGAUCCCUUCUAGACCAGACCCCUUCUUCUCAUCAGGAAAUGGAGGGUCCCUUCCUAGAGCCAGUAGUUUUGUCAUUGCUGAAUCAGAGUCCCUCAGUUUUUGUGAACCAGAAUCCUCCUUUGCAAGAAAGUGAGAUAUCUCUUCUCACUCAGAUCUCAUCCUCAGUGCAGGAACCUGUUUUAGAUCCAAACCCAUCAUCUCUGCAGGACUCUUUUUCCUCUCCUUCAGAACAGAAGCCAUCCUCAUUACAAGGCAUGGCCACUUCUUUGCAGGAAGCUAAACACUCCUCAUUGGACCAGAUCCCAUCCCCUCUGCAUGAAACUAAUGCAAAAUGCCUGGAUCAGAUCCCAAGCUCUUUACAAAGCACUUCUGUGCCAGAUCAGACCCUACCACCUCCUUCAGACCAGCUCACAUCCCUGCCAGAAGAGAUUACUUCCUCUUUGCAUGAAAUUGAGAAAUCUUCACAGAUAUCCUCAACUUCAGAGGGUCAGGAAUUUUCUGUGAUGGAGGCUAAAGGGUCUUUUCCAGACAUAACCUCCUCUUUGCCUGAUCCACUUUCUUCUCUGCCUGAUCAGGUCAAUUCUCUUCAAGAUACCCAAGGGAUGACUUUGGAAGAGAUUUCGGUAGAACUUCAGAACCAUGUACCAACACCACCCGUGGCUCAGAUUCCUUCUCUGCCAGAGGCUGACAGUAUUCCUCAAGACCAGGCCCCAUCCUCCAAGGGUGAAGAUGAACAUUUGGUUCCCAAAGAGACUCCAGUCCCUGGGCCAGACCAGGUCCUGCCAGUUCAGCAGGACCAGGAAAACCAAUUUCUGGAGGCACAGACCCUUUCUUCUCUGCCAGAGAUUGGUGGGUCUUCUACAGAGGAGUCUGUGGAGCCUCUGCCAAGUCAGAAUUCACCCAGUCUCCCUGAAGGCAGAACGCCACCUCCCAAGGAGGCCCAGACAAUGCUUGUGGAGCAGAUGCCAACCUCUGCUCAGGGCCAGCCCCCUUCUCCUGUAGAAGCAACACAGAUCCUGUCGGAAAAGCAGGUCUCCCCAUCUGCUGUGGAAGGAAUGCCUGCACUGCCUGACCAAGCCCCAUCCUCCUGUCAAGUCCCAAAUGCAAUACUGCAGGAUACAGCAAACGUUCCAGAUGUUUUGCUCUCAUCCAGCCAAGAGUAUGCCCAAUCCCUCUUGGGCAAGGCAGCCAUUGUGGCAAACCAGGAACUGAAAGAAGGUGGUGAUGCCAGCUUGGCCUCAACAACCACAGAAGAGACUCCAGAAGUCCUGGGAAACCUACAUGCUGAGCAGCAGCCCCUGCUGAACAAGACAAACAGCUCUGUAGCCCCUCCACAGAUUCCUGUAGGAGACCAGAAACAACCCAAGACAGGGAUCCUAAAGCCCCAGGCAGCCCUAAGUCAAGAGACCCCAACCUACACCACCUCCUCUGCCAACACUGCCUCUUCCUGCCAGCUCCAGUCCACUGGGUCCCGCCAAGAGGAAGGCCAAGACCAGGGCCAGAGCAGGCGCAAGCAGAAGUCAUGCCAGUGCUGUUCAGUCAUGUGAGCCCCGGGCGCUUUUGCCCAGCUGAGAUACCCUCCUCCUUCUACCCCUCAGGAACAGGAGUAGUUGAUCUGGUCCCAGCAGCAGGCUCUGGAACUGGUAACUUGCCCUGCCAGUAGUCUAAUGUAGGCAUAACAUAUCCACACACAUGAGCACACACAACACACAAAAUCCAAAUCUUUUGGUUCCUUGGAGGGAUAGAGUUGCUCGUUUGGAGCUUGGCCCCUGGAGGGUUUGUCAGAUCACAAGCAGAGCAGUGGGUAUGACUCCCUCCCUCCUCCUAUCCCACAGCUCAACCUGCCCCUGCUCCUCUGGAGGUGGUGACAGGGAGAGACAGCAAUGCAGUGUCCUCACUUUGGAGAAGUCCCUGCAUGUCUUGAGUGUCCAUAUUCACGCAUGCACAUUGACACAUGGGUACUCUUCACACACAUGCCUCAGCACCCUGUCAUUGUGGGACUGCAUUUCCUUUCACAGACCUACCCAAACUGAAUCCUGUGACCUCACUGCCUGAACCCUUCACGUAUCCCUCAUGAGCACGCAUUCCACCCCCUUCAGUGUGCAUGGAUUCUCAGUGCACAUUUAGAAUGCACAUAUUUGUGGACAGGUGUUAAAACAUGCAUGUGCAAAUACAGAUGUACAGUCCUAUGUUUGCUCUCACUGGCUUGCACCGCAGCAAUUUACUGCUAUAUGCCAUUACACAAUUCCAUGCUCCUACAUAAUUUGUAGAUAACUGUCACAGAGCUGGGCACAAAUGCUACACACAUGCAUGCAGCAUUCUUGACAUCUUUACCCUUUACAUGUGCUUGAAUCCCUUGGCCAACUUGGCAUGACUUCCCACAGUAGUAUAGACACGUUCCAGACAUGGAACAAAACCUUCUUUCCUUUGGCACCAACUCCUGCACCUCUGCUGAGAUGGCCCAGCCGCGUAUGAUGGAUCUAGAUCAGCACUACAACACCAUGAGCAAAAGAGGACUCCCUGCCAAUUGGCAGUGUGCUGGAAGAGACUUUGGACCAGGCACUGCUGGAGCCCUCUCUCCUGACUAUGACCUCCCAGCCAAGGCCUCCUCUGGGGCAGAUGGACUGCUCUCCCUCACAAGGCCAAAGGGAGCAACCUUUUCCUGACUGAUCUCUCCAUUCCUGUAACAACCAUAGGGCUGGUGCUGUGCCUGUCAGGGCACAAAGACCCCCCCAGCCCUCUAUAACCUCCCUUUCCCAUGACUCUUUAUUCUAUGCACUUUGUUUGAAUUCCAAUUAGUAUAUAACCUUGUUUAGGGCCCCCACCAAAGCCAGUAAGAGCCUUUUACAUGUCAGUUCCUGGGCAGAUACAGAAAGAUUCUCAAUUAAAGUCGGAUUCAAUGACCAA